CGGGUCUUUUCCUCUUCUUACCAUCUUCCUUAGCCCCUCUCAUUUUACUAGUGUAAAUCAAUCAAGAAACUAAGAAAGAAUAGAAGACCGAGACAAUCCGGUUCACUGUGUUUAAUACUUUCUCUUCUCCUCGUUUGAUCAUCAAUGUCUAAAAGAGGAAGCGGUGCUCCUUUACAGAAAGAUGCGCCGUGGAGGGCCGCCUCUGGUGCGAGCUCCAUCCCCAAAAUCCACCACCCUCCGCUCAUUCGGAUCCCCCAAAACGCCUAUUCCGACUACGCCCUCUCCGUCGUGAAGCACCCUGAUCCAAUCGGCGGGGGGCUAGGAAUGGAGGCGGUGGUGGAAGCGGCCGGACCGGAUUGCAUUGUUCCCGGACAGACUGUACCCAUCAGAUUACUUGGUUUGAAGGUAUGGCCAAUUGAGAUGGAUUUGAAAUUUAUGGAACCAGUUGGGCAACAACUUAAAUCGAUUGGGAAGUUCAUGGAUUCAGCAGUUGAUCUCAUGAACAAAUCCUUCAUUGAUCGCUAGAGCCGCUGUUACUUCAAGUUGUGAGUGCUAAUGGAGGCAUGAGAGCAUCAUUUAUGUUAAAUGAUAACAUGUGACAAAAGUAUGUAGGCCAUCCAGAGGAAAGCUUUUGUUGCACUUUUUGUUUGAAAUGGUCAGAUAUCUUAUGCUGAAAUAUGAUGUGAAUCUUUUGUUGGCUCUUGCCUUUUUCUGGUCUACAUAUCCUGAUUUUUCACUUU